AUGGGUAUCGUGUUACCAUGUGAUAUCACCGCUCAGGUCCCGGAAGAUGGUUUCCAGGAUAUUUGUCUGGGAGCCGAAUAUCUGAUUAGAUGCAUGAUCAAGUAG